UUUUUACAAUCCAAGUUUAUUUUUUAUAAUUACAACUUUGUUUCUCAAUUUCACCUUCCAACUUUUUUUUCGAAUCCAACCUUCCUUGUUUUUACAAUCCAGCCUUUUACAAUCCAACCUUAUUUUUACAAUCCUAAUGUUUUACAAUCCAUUAUUUUUACACUCCAACUUUUAUUUUACAAAAUCCAUUUUACAACCCCAACCUUGUUUUUACAAUCUAACAUUUUUACAAUUUAUCCCUUUUAAUAAUCCGAACUUUUCUAAAAUCCCAACAUUGUUUCUAAAAUCCAACUUUGUUUUUCUAUUCCAACCUUGUUUUUACAAUCCAACCUUUUUUUACAAUUUUUACAAUCCAACUCUUAAAACUUUAAAAAUUUCAGUUAAAAAAUAA